AUGGCCUCCAAGUGUGUCCACAAGGGCUGCGGGAAGGAAUUCACCGACGCCGACGAGCCCUGCGUCUAUCAUCCUGGCCCGCCGGUGUUCCACGAAGGACAAAAAGGCUGGAAAUGCUGCAAACCCCGCGUCCUCACCUUCGACGAAUUCCUCGCCAUCCCUCCCUGCACCACAGGCAAACACUCCACCGUCGACGACACCCCCGUCGAGGCCCCCAAACCCGCCGCUGAUGUACCCUCACCUGCUGCUACUCCCGCCCCCAGCGCCGCCGCCGCCACUCCCCCGCGCCCCGUCAACUCCCCCGCCAUCCCUCCUCCCUCGAACGCACCCACCCCUGUGCCCGAAGAACCUGACUCCGAUGACCCGGAGCUAGCGAUCCCCGCGAACGCGACUUGUCGUCGCCGCGGCUGUAAUGCAGGCUACGAUGCGAGCGUCUCGCGCGACGAGGAGAAGUGCGUGUAUCAUCCGGGUCAGCCGAUCUUCCACGAGGGAAGCAAGGGCUGGUCCUGCUGCAAGAAGCGGGUGCUGGAGUUUGAUGAGUUCUUGAAGAUUCAGGGCUGUUCGGAGAAGAAGAAGCAUCUUUUUGUGGGGAAGGGGAAGCCCCCGGGUGAGGAGAAGGUGGAGUCUGUGAGGAACGAUUUCUACCAAACCGCCUCCUCCGUGAACGUGUCGCUCUACCUGAAGAAGAUCAACAAGGACACCGCCAAGGUCGAGUUCAAGGCUACGUCGAUCGAGCUGGACCUCCCUACGACGGAUAACAAGCGCUACACGGAUUCAUAUGAGUUGUUUGCACCCAUUGAUCCCGAGCAGUCCAAGUUCCGCGUGAUGGGCACUAAGCUGGAGCUGACGCUGGUCAAGGCGGACGGGACGAGCUGGCCGGUGCUGCGUCGUGAUGACAAGUGGUCGGGAGAGAGAAUCCAGAUUGGAAAUGCUGGUCGGGUGUAA